AUGGCACAAGGUUUGGAGAAAUCAAAAAACAAAACCGAAGAGUUGAAGUCUUUGUCGGAAAAUCUGAAGACACUAGCUAAAGAACGUGAGAAAGAAGUAGAACCCGAAAAGCUUAAGACUAAGGACGCAAUCGAAAAGGAAAAUCUCAAAGAAAUGCGAAUUCAUGCAAGGAAUAUGGUUCGCAUGAGACAAGAAGUGGCAGAUUAUGGUCAAAUAUCUCAUCGUCUUGAUUCAAUGGUGGAUUAUUUUGACAAAGAACCGGAGCAAAGUGUGGUGUUUAGCUUCAUUCCAACUGUUGUUGAAGCUAUCGAUUCUUCUAUAGCAACGGGAAACUCGAAGACGCUAGUGACAACACUGGAUGAAAUUGAGAAGCGAUAUUUCAGUGCGGAGAUUGUGGUCAAGUUUAAGUACUCGUCGAUUACCGAAAACAGGCCGGUUUGUAUGUCUGAAGAGGAGAAAGUUUGUAAUUUGAUUCAAAAAGUAGCAGAUGAAUACAAAUUGAAGGUUUCAGUUAGGUUAGAGCACUCACCGAGGAUGUCGCCGACAGUUCGGGAUGAAGUAAAAUGGUUUGAUGACUCUCAAGUUAAGACCAAAACUACUAGCUGGUUCAACAUAUUCGCUUGUUACAUAUGA